AUGAAGGCAGACGAGCCUGGUCAACUAUCUGCGAGCGACAUCGUAUCUGUCGACGGCGACGAACCUACUGAGGAAGAGCUAGCGACCAUGAGAAAAGUCGCAGAUCGUUUGCCGUGGUCCGCUUUCAUCGUGGCGCUAGUCGAGUUAUGUGAACGAUUCACCUACUACGGUCUCUCCGGCCCAUUCCAAAACUACAUUCAGUAUGACCCUCACGAUACACCUGGGACACCAAUUCUUGGUGCCAUCGUUUCCGAUCAGUACCUCGGCAAAUACAAGACAAUCCUGUACUCUGCCUUCAUCUAUCUGGCUGGCAUCUUCAUACUGUUCUGCACCUCCCUACCCUCGGCAAUCGAGCAUGGCGCAGCUUUGGGUGGCUUAAUUGCAGCUAUGGCAGUUAUUGGGUUAGGUACCGGCGGCAUUAAGUCGAACGUUAGUCCUUUGGUCGCAGAACAGUACCGCCAAACCAAGAUGACUAUUCGGGUCUUGAAGAGUGGUGAGAGGGUAAUCGUCGAUCCUGCAAUCACCAUUCAGCGUAUUUACAUGAUCUUCUAUCUGUGCGUCAACCUGGGCUGUCUGUCCCCAAUUGCCACCACAGAAAUGGAACAAUCGACAGGAUUUUGGACGGCGUAUCUUCUCUGUCUAUGCUUCUUUGUUCUUGGAAUUGCCAUUUUGAUCGCAGGGGAGAGAUACUACGUAGUCCAUCCUCCCAAGGGUUCGAUAAUUAUAGAUGCGUUCAGGGCGAUGUGGAUUGGCUUGAGAAACGGGGGCAACAUGGACGCCGCGAAGCCCUCCUACCAAGAUGAGCGCGGACGCAAGUACAAAACGUCAUGGGACGAUGUUUACAUAGUUGAGCUCCAACGUGGGCUCGCCGCAUGUCGCGUCUUCCUUUUUUACCCAAUAUACUGGGUCGCCUACUCGCAAAUGUUGAACAAUUUUAUCUCACAAGCUGGUACCAUGCAACUCCAUGGCAUUCCCAAUGACUUCAUGCAGAAUAUCGACCCUCUUACUAUCAUCUUUCUUAUUCCCAUCUUCGAUCGCCUUCUCUAUCCCGGCCUUCGCAAGAUUGGUAUACCGUUCCGACCGAUCACUCGUAUUACAUGGGGCUUCGUCUUCGGUGCACUCGCCAUGGCAUAUGCAGCCAUUGUGCAGCAUUUGAUCUACUCAUCCCCACCAUGCUACAACGCCCCUCUUGCGUGCGACACUUCCCACUUGCCCAAUGAGGUCCAUAUAGCGGUGCAAACGCCAGCGUACUUCUUCAUGGCCGUAUCGGAAAUCUUGGCGAGCGUCACUGGACUAGAGUACGCUUUCACGAAAGCGCCGCCAUCCAUGAAGUCGUUCGUCAUGUCCAUCUUCCUCCUGCAGUCCGCGUUCGGAUCUGCACUUGGAAUGGCACUGGCACCGAUCGCGAAGGAUCCGAGGUUGGUGUGGAUGUAUACUGGCCUUUGCAUCGCUACUCUCAUCGCCGCUGGGCUCUUCUGGGUGUGUUUCAAGCAUCUGAACGCCACUGAGGAAUCGAUGAACAUGCUGGAGAACAAGGGUGAAAAGGCCGUUGGUGUCGGCCACGUUGACGCUACAGGAGCUCUGGAUCGCAGUGUCAAGGGCAGGAAUAGGGCUGCUAUCAGUGAGGGCGAAGUUUGA